AAUUUUAACUGCUCAUCUGCGGUCAUACUAACUUGAAGAAUAAAGCAAAGCCAAUAAAUAAUUAGUUAAUCACUAGUUGUCUUUGUUGCGCGUAAACACGGCUUUUCUCCAGAACUUAGCACUGUUACCGCUGUCGUGCAGUUUAGUUUUUUACGGAAUUUGUAAAACCAGUUUCGAAGUGUUUGUGACUCAUCAGUUUUUACAGGCUCAAGGAGGGAAUUUCGUCAUGGACGCCAGCAACAAUGGAGAAUCCGGGGAUCAGGUGGGAAUAAGGGUGGAUUCUAAUCCGGACGAUCACACCGAUGCCCUGGGUUCCGCGGGCUCAGCGGGCAACAGCGUACUGGUCCCAGGAUCCUCGCAUCCUUAUGGCACCGGAGCCAUCGGGCAGCUGGCCAAUGGGUACAGCUCACCCUCCUCCAGCUACCGCAAAAAUGUGGCCAAAAUGGUCACCGAUCGCCAUGCAGCCGAGUACAAUAUGCGUCACAAGAAUCGCGGCAAGGCCCUGAUCUUCAACCAUGAGCACUUCGAGGUGCCUACUCUGAAAUCCCGGGCAGGAACCAACGUGGACUGCGAGAACCUCACCCGGGUGCUCAAGCAGCUGGACUUCGAGGUGACGGUGUACAAGGACUGCCGCUACAAGGACAUCCUGCGAACGAUUGAGUAUGCAGCCUCGCAGAAUCACGCUGACAGUGAUUGCAUCCUGGUGGCCAUCUUGUCGCACGGCGAGAUGGGCUACAUCUAUGCCAAGGACACGCAGUACAAGCUGGAAAACAUCUGGAGCUUCUUCACGGCCAACCAUUGUCCCUCUCUGGCCGGCAAGCCCAAGUUGUUCUUCAUCCAGGCCUGUCAAGGCGAUCGGCUGGACGGCGGAGUGACCAUGCAGCGCAGCCAGACGGAAACGGAUGGCGACUCGUCGAUGAGCUACAAGAUACCCGUGCACGCCGACUUCCUGAUUGCCUACUCCACCGUUCCGGGCUUCUAUUCGUGGCGCAACACCACCCGCGGCAGCUGGUUCAUGCAGAGCCUGUGCGCCGAAUUGGCGGCCAAUGGCAAACGGCUGGACAUCCUCACGCUGCUCACCUUUGUGUGCCAACGCGUGGCCGUGGACUUCGAGUCCUGCACCCCGGACACCCCCGAGAUGCACCAGCAGAAGCAGAUCCCCUGCAUCACCACCAUGCUGACGCGCAUUCUGCAUUUCCGUGACAAGCAGUCGGUUCCAGCUGGACGGGUUUGAUGGCUACUGGUGUGGAUUGGGCGCUGGCUACGACGCGGAGUGUGAUAAGAGAGGGAAGGGGUAGUAGUAGCAAUUAUGAUAAACAUUUAUUGGCUAUCGGUCAAAGCUGCAUAUUUUUUCACAAAAACACUUUUAGCCUGGCCAAAAGCUUGACAAGAUUGGACGCUAUGAACAAUAGAACCUUAUCUACUGCCCGUUUAUUUUAUUUAAGCACUAUGUAUCUUUCAAUUGGCAUUUACUAUGGCCGCAUUUGCCCUUCUUAAUUAACAGGAGGUUGGGUAGAUUUAUAAAAAUAAGAUAUGAAAGAGACUUUUAACAUUUUGUCAUAUACAAAACUGAACUACAAGUAUUUAGGCCAAACAUUUAAAAUUUAUUUAUUUGACUUGCCUAGUUAAAAAACGAUCUCGAAAUUCAAAAUUGUCAUUUGAAUCUAAUCUAAGAACAAAUUGCUUGCAUUUACCCCACAAAUACAUUUUGCCUCUUCAGUUUUUAAUCAGGAAAGUCUACCCACCCUUAUCUAUAUCUACCUUAGACCGAUUUACUCUCUUUUUUAAAUGUGUAUACACAUAAAUAUCUAUAUAUAAUAAGCAUGUGUGUCAUGAUCGUCCGAAACAAAAACAAACAUAGUCUGUAGUUGAGAAUUUUAUGAACAACAUAUACACUAUCCUCUUUAUACCAUUUUGUACUCUUAUAUAAUACAUAUUAGCAAAUGUUUUCCUUUCAAGUUUACCGCUAA